AUGUUCUCAGCAGUUUUAAUAUUAUUUAUUCUUAUUGUUGCUGAAAGUGGUAUCCAAUCGAUGCCAACUGUUCAAGUGCCGGACUUGGAUUUUGCGAAGGCUUUUUGCGGAAGUGUAGCGACAGCUGCCGAAGGAGAGCUGACUCCUCUGUGGGUCUGCAAAACGAGUGAAAUGGACCAAACGAUUGCGGGGAUUUGUGGAAAUGUAACGGAAAGCUUCGGUGAUUGCAACAAAGGGGCUUCAAUUGCAAAGUGUACAGCGACGGAGUACGAGAAACGAUGCAAUCUAACAAAUGCUCCACAAUUGCUUUCAAAAUAUACACAAAUGUUUGCCGAGACUAAAAUCCCCGAAUUUACUCAAUGCUCGGACGUGAUCAUAAAAGCGUUGUUGGAAGAA